AUGGCCAAUUCGAACCAGAUGAGGCGACGGGUAAAGCUCGUUCAAAAGUUGUGGCCUAUAACAUUGGCGAUAAACGAUCAUCGCCAUUCGUUAUUUCCUCAUCCCAUUGGGGGAAAUCGGUUAAAACCUGCCCUGGUUCGCGAAAAGGACUUGGGCAAAGCGUGGGCUCUUCCUCCAAGGUUGAUACAAGAAAUCACCAAAGAGGAUCUACAAGUUUCGAAGAUUCUUAAGAUGAAGGCGAAACGGUUAGCAAAAGCUCAAGAGGUUGCCGUCCCUACCCGCAUCCGUUUGGUGGGGAGAUUCGCACCUGGUGCUGGCAAUGUCACAGCUGAAACACCUGUCAAACACCCUCUGUCACCACCCACUCCCGGCCAACUUGCAGAUUUACCUCCAGUUUUGAGUGAACCCAAAGCUUCUCAAGUCGAGAUUUCGUCCGUCAAAACACCCGACUUAUCAAAACCAGCACUGCGCCGUUCAACAAGAAUUCGUCAAGGACCUCGUUAG